UCAUUCAGUGAUCAUCAUUGUCUUUAUAGAUUUCAAUUUAUCGUUUUUUUUCUUCAAAAAAUUUUAUUCUUUCAAAUUAAAUUAGUUAGAUUUUUAUUCAAUAAUUAAUUAAUCAAUCAAUAAUGGCAAUGACCAAAGAAAUUUCUCAACAAUUACAAGAUAUUGCAAAUCGUUUGCGUAUCAAUUCAAUUCGUUCAACUAAUGCGGCUAAAUCCGGCCAUCCAACAUCAUGUGCAUCAAUGGCUGAAAUAAUAUCAGUUUUAUUCUUUCGUACUAUGCGUUAUUCGAUCGAUAAUCCACGUGGUCCAUCAAAUGAUCGUUUUAUUUUGAGCAAAGGUCAUGCUGCACCAAUUUUGUAUGCUGCCUGGGCUGAAACUGGUCUAUUCCCAGUUGAAGAUUUAUUAAAUCUUCGAAAAAUUAAUUCCGAUUUAGAGGGUCAUCCAACACCACGUUUGAAUUUUGUUGAUGUUGCUACCGGUUCAUUGGGUCAAGGUUUAUCGAUUGCUGCCGGUAUGGCUUAUGUUGGUAAAUAUAUCGACAAAGCUCCAUAUCGUGUUUAUUGCUUGCUUGGUGAUGGUGAAUCUGCUGAAGGUUCGGUUUGGGAAGCAUUAUCAUUUGCUUCGAAAUAUAAGCUAGAUAAUUUGGUUGCCAUAAUCGAUGUAAAUCGAUUGGGACAAAGUGAACCGACUGCAUUUGGUCAUGAUAUGGCAUUGUAUAAAGCACGUGUAGAAACGUUCGGUUUCAAUGCAAUUGUUGUCGAUGGUCAUGAUGUUAAUGCUUUGGUCGAAGCUUUUAAUCAAGCAUCUCAAACAAAAGAUCGUCCAACUGCUGUGAUUGCUCAAACAUUCAAAGGAAAAGGACUUACCGAAGAAAUCGAAGACAAAGUUCAAUGGCAUGGAAAACCAUUGGGUGAUAAAGCUGAAGCCGUUAUUGCUCAAAUUCAAUCACGAAUCAUAUCAUCAAAAACAACUUUGAAACCUGAACCACCUGUUGUCAAUGUUCCUGAAGUUGAUCUCAGUGUACGAUUGGCAGAACCACCAAAUUAUGUAAAGGGACAAAAAGUAGCCACACGUGAAGCUUACGGUACAGCAUUGGUUAAAUUGGGUAAAAGUUGUCCACGUGUUAUCGGUUUGGAUGGUGAUACCAAAAACAGUACAUUCUCUGAUACUUACCGUAAAACAUUCCAGGAUCGUUUCAUCGAAUGUUAUAUUGCUGAACAGAAUUUGAUUGGUGUUGCUAUCGGAGCCGGUUGUCGUCGUCGAACAAUUCCAUUUGUUUCGACAUUUGCAUCAUUCUUCACUCGUACAUUCGAUCAACUCCGAAUGGGCGCCAUUUCACAAGCGAAUAUCAAAUGUGUUGGAUCACAUUGUGGUGUUAGCAUCGGUGAAGAUGGUCCAUCACAAAUGGCAUUAGAAGAUUUGGCCAUGUUUCGUGCUAUUCCAAAUUCAUUGGUAUUUUAUCCAUCAGAUGCCGUAAGUGUUGAACGAGCCGCCGAAUUAGCUGCACAAUAUCAUGGCAUUACAUUCAUUCGAACAUCACGACCGGCAACACCAAUUAUCUAUUCGAAUGAUGAAGUAUUUGCUGUCGGUAAAGCUAAAGUGGUACGAUCAUCAAAAGAUGAUCAAAUCCUUUUGAUUGGUGCAUGUGUUACAUUAUUGGAAGCAUUGAAUGCUGCUGAUUUAUUGGCUAAAAAUCAUAAUUUUCAUGCAAGAGUGAUUGAUCCAUUUACGAUCAAACCAAUCGAUCGUGAAACUAUUAUCAAAAAUGCUCAAGAAGUUGGUGGCCGUAUUAUCACUGUUGAAGAUCAUUAUCCUGAAGGUGGUAUUGGUGAAGCUGUUGCCGGUGUUAUUGCCGAUCAACCAAAUCUAAUUAUGAAACGUUUGGCUAUUCGUGAAAUACCAAGAAGUGGUCCACCAACUUUAUUGAUUGAAAAAUAUGGUAUCGAUGCAAAAACAAUUGUUAAAACAGCAUUAGAAAUGAUUGAGAAAAAAUAAUUAAUACCAAAAUUAUCCAAAAAAAAAAAUGUAGUCCACAUUUUUUUCUAAUGAAAAAGAAUGAAUUAAAUUUUUAAUUAUAUAAA